AUGUCAAAACUGACAAUUCGCCGCUGAAAACUUUGCGUGCGUCGAUUUGUUGAACUUUUUUAUUUUAUUUGUUUCUUUAUAAUUUUCGUUAUUGUUUAUUUUCAUUUAUUUGUUUACUCUUUAAAUCAAUUAUAAACUAAACACAAUGGCUCGUGUUCUAGUCGGAGUAAAAAGAGUUAUCGAUUACGCGGUCAAAAUACGAGUUAAGCCAGAUAAAUCUGGCGUGGUGACAGAAGGAGUUAAGCACUCCAUGAAUCCAUUUGAUGAGAUAGCCGUAGAAGAGGCGGUGAGAAUGAAAGAGAAGAAACUUGCUAGUGAAGUUAUUGCAGUUUCUUGUGGACCAACUCAAUCACAGGAAACUUUGAGGACCGCUCUGGCGAUGGGUGCUGACCGAGCCAUCCAUGUGGAGGUAGCAGGAGCUGAAUAUGAAACCAUGCAACCUUUACAUGUGGCCAAGAUCUUAGCUAAACUGUCACAGGAUGAGAAAGCUGAUAUUGUGAUUGUUGGGAAACAGGCCAUUGAUGAUGAUUCUAAUCAAACUGCACAAAUGACUGCUGCAAUUUUGGACUGGCCUCAAGGAACUUUUGCCUCCAAGGUGGAAAAAACUGAUGCUGGUUUUACUGUAACACGCGAAAUUGACGGUGGCUUAGAGACAAUCAAGACUAAAGUCCCCGUAGUGAUCAGUGCUGACUUGAGACUGAAUGAACCGCGUUACGCCACACUGCCUAAUAUUAUGAAAGCAAAAAAGAAGCCAUUAAAGAAGUUAACAGCUAAAGAUCUAGGAGUUGAUCUAGCGUCUAGGAUUAAAGUGAUAAGUGUUGAAGAUCCUCCUGUAAGACAAGCCGGCUCCGUUGUCCCUGAUGUCGAUACUCUCGUAGCUAAACUGAAGGAGGGAGGACAUGUAUAAACAAAUUGUCAAACAAACAUUACAUUUAUUUUUGUGAUUUCUUUCACAAUUUUUUAUAUCUAUUGAAGAUUAGAACAUCCAUUGUUAUUGAAGUAAAUGUUAUUUUAACAAAACUAUAAAUAUUGUAGGAAUAUGAAAUUGUGAUAAAAUAGUGGAAAAAUUA